CACAUUCAGAUCUGCAGAAAGUUGACCCUGACAGCUACCUGAGAGGCACACCUUCCAUUCAGCCUGCCCGACUCUCCACUGCGCAUGCGUCCCCGGCUCAAGGGCUCCACUGUCAUGGCGCUGACGAGCUGAAGCUACCGGGGUAGAUCAGGAAGCAAAUGCAGCGCAGCUGGGUCAGCGUUGUCAUCAGACCGAGCCUGCAGAGUCUGGCGCAGCUCUCCGCGCAGACCUCCGUCCCUUCACCGGCUGUGUUACCGGAGCUGCCGAGGGACUCCCCCCGCCCCGCUGUCGCGUCGGUCUGUGAGUUUUCGGUUACCCGCUGAAGUGAACUCUGGCAGUAGCUUUCACCGCUGAGCGCAGAGACCCCCCCUCACACAAAAACUGGAUUUAAUUUUGUCUAAGCGGGGGGAAAACUGCCAGAAAAGGAGUUCCACCUCACCUGCAUUACUCCGCGUUGCCUCGGGGCACUUCGCAGCUUUUUGUAGGGAUUAAUUCGCCUGUGUGGCAUCAAGUUACGCACCGGGGGCAGAGUACUUCUUUCAUUGUGGAGCGGUGACAUUUCCAGUCGCCUACAAAUUUUUGCUUAUCCCCCCCCCCUCUCUAUUUAUUUUAUUUUUGAACCCACUCACGACCUAGUUUGGAUGGGCGAAGAAAGCCUUUUUGGCUCAUGAGCACGUAGGCUGUCCAUCAUCAGCCAGCUGAGGGACUGACAGAGCCCCUUCUUUCUGCUCCGACAUCAGCUGCACUCUCAUCAUCAUCAUCAUCAUCAUCACCACCACCACCCGGGGUGAACAGGUGCCCUACCUGUGAACGCCACCUGUCCUUCCGUAGCCAUGGCUAGCGCGGAGCCGGCGGCGGAUGGAGCUGGCGCCGCGGCGCUCAACCCCGGAGUGCCCAUCCGCGGAAUACGCAUGAAAUUCGCCGUGCUGGCCGGCCUGGUGGAAGUUGGGGAAGUUUCCAACCGGGACAUCGUGGAGACGGUCUUCAACCUGCUGGUGGGCGGUCAGUUCGACCUUGAGAUGAACUUCAUCAUUCAAGAACCAGAGAGCAUCGUGUGCCUGGUGGAGCUGUUGGACAAAUGCGAGCCCACCUGUCAGGCUGAGAUAUGGAGCAUCUUCACCGCCAUCCUCAAGAAAAGUGUCCGUAACCUGCAGGCGUGCACUGAAGUGGGUCUUAUUCAGCAGGUGCUCCAGCGCAUCUCCACCACUGACAGCAUGAUAGCAGACCUGCUGGUGGACAUGCUGGGUGUUCUUGCCAGCUACAGCAUCACAGUGAAAGAGCUGAAGCUUUUCUUCAGCAAGCUGCAAGGGGAGAAAGGCCAGUGGCCAUGUCAUGCAGUGAAGCUUCUGUCAGUGCUGAAGUACAUGGCUCUCAGGAACGGUCCCGACUCGUUCUUCAGCUUUCCAGGGAAAAAUGCUGCUGCAAUAGCUCUGCCCCCCAUAGCAAAAUGGCCAUAUCAGAAUGGAUUUACAUUUCACACGUGGCUGCGAAUGGAUCCUCUGAACAACAUCAAUGUGGACAAAGACAAGCCUUACCUUUACUGCUUCCGCACCAAUAAAGGCCUGGGGUAUUCAGCACACUUUGUAGGCGGCUGUUUGAUAGUGACGUCGCUAAAAUCAAAGGGCAAAGGGUUCCAGCACUGUGUGAAGUACGACUUUAAGCCACAGAAGUGGUACAUGGUGACUGUAGUUCACGUCUACAACCGCUGGAAAAACAGUGAAAUUAGCUGCUAUGUGAACGGAGAACUGGCUUCCUUUGGGGAUAUUCCCUGGUUUGUCAACACCAGUGAUACAUUUGACAAGUGUUUCCUGGGAUCAUCAGAGACGGCGGACGUGAACCGUGUGUUCUGUGGACAGAUGGGGGCAGUUUACCUGUUUGCAGAAGCUCUCAGCGCCGCUCAGAUUUUGGCUAUCUAUCAGCUGGGUCCGGGCUACCAGGGCACGUUCAAGCACCGGGCCGAGAGCGACUUGCUGUUUGCGGAGCAUCACAAGACUCUUCUGUAUGACGGCAAGCUGUCCUCUAGCAUUGCUUUCACAUACAACCCGCGCGCCACAGAUGCUCAACUCUGCCUCGAGUCCUCCCCCAAGGACAAUGCCUCCAUUUUUGUGCACUCACCCCACGCACUGAUGCUGCAGGACGUGAAGGCUGUGGUGACUCACUCAGUCCAGAGCGGCAUUCACUCCAUCGGUGGCGUGCAGGUCCUCUUCCCUUUGUUUGCACAGCUGGAUUACCGCCAGCCUUCCAGCCAGGAACUGGACACCUCUGUUUGCUGGACUUUGCUCUCCUUCAUGAUGGAGCUCCUGAAGAACUCAGUGGCUAUGCAAGAGCAGGUUUUAGCCUGCAAAGGCUUCCUGGUCAUUGGCUACACGCUGGAGAGGUCUUCCAAGGUGCAUGUGACGCGACCCGUCCUGGACAUCGUUCUGGCCUUUUCAAGAUAUCUCAGCAACUUGCAGAAUGGCAUCUUGCUACUCAAGCAGUUGUGUGAUAACAUCCUGUUCAACCCUGCCAUCUGGAUUCACGCGCCUGCCAAGGUGCAGCUGACUCUCUACACUUACUUGGCGACAGAGUUCAUCAGCACUGUGACCAUCUACAAUGCAAUACGGAGGGUUGGCACUGUGCUUCAGGUCAUGCACACACUAAAAUACUACUACUGGAUCGUCAACCCUCAAGACCGUAGUGGAGUGGUGCCUAAAGGCGUUGAUGGUCCGAGGCCGAACCAGAAGGAGCUCUUCUCUUUACGAGCAUUUCUGUUGCUGUUCAUCAAGCAGCUUAUAAUGAAGGAUCAUGGGGUGAAAGAAGACGAGUUGCAGAGUAUCCUCAACUUCCUCCUUACCAUGCAUGAGGAUGAAAACCUCAUGGAUGUACUGCAGCUGCUGGUGGCUCUAAUGUCUGAACAUCCUGGCUCAAUGAUCCAAGCCUUUGAUCAGAGAAAUGGAAUUCGAGUGGUUUAUAAGCUUUUGGGCUCAAAAAGUGAGGGAAUCAGAGUCCAGGCGCUUAAGGUCAUGGGCUACUUUCUGAAAAGCCUGUCACCAAAGAGGAAAACUGAGGUCAUGAUGAGUAACGGCCUGUUCUCGCUGAUGAGCGAGCGCCUGGCGCUCCACUCCAACCAAUUCACCAUGACAACCUACAACGUGCUCUUUGAGAUUCUCACAGAGCAGAUCUGCACUCAAGUGAUCCAUAAACAGCACCCAGACCCAGACUCCACUGUGAAGAUUCUCAACCCACAGAUUCUCAAAGUGAUAGCUGCACUCCUGAAGAGUUCUCCCCAAUCUCCCGAGAGCAUGGAGGUGCGCAGGGUCUUCCUGUCAGAUAUGAUCAAACUGUUCAACAACAGCAGAGAAAACCGCAGGAGCCUGCUGCAGUGCUCCGUAUGGCAGGACUGGAUGCUCUCUCUGUGCUUCAUCAAUCCAAGAAACAGCGAGGAGCAGAAAAUCACCGAGAUGGUGUACGCCAUCUUCCGCAUUCUGCUCUACCACGCCAUCAAGUAUGAGUGGGGCGGCUGGCGCGUCUGGGUGGACACACUGUCCAUCACCCACUCCAAGGUCGCUUUCGAGCAGCACAAAGAAAAUCUCUCUCGGAUGUUCCGUCAGUACCAGGAUCAGGAGUUUGCUGGCUCUGGAGGCGCCAUUCGCACCAUCUCUGGUGUCAGCGAAAGCUCUGAGGCUACAACAUGUAUUAACGGGUCGUCAGCAGAGGAGACGGCGCCCUCCACUGUUAUUGAGCUGACGGUGGACGGUGUUUCUCAGAAAUCCCUCGACUCAGCAUCCAACUCCACGCUAACCUCCAGGCCACGCUCGGACAGUGAGGAUAGGGAGCCCGCAUCCAUCACUGUGUCCAACAUCUUGGGCAGAGAUGAAGACAAAGAACAGAAGGGGGCGGAGGAGAACUCCAGUGAUGGGUUGGAUGUUGGAAAGGAAAAUGAAGUUGCUGUGAUUGAAAUGACCAACUCUAAAGAGCCCGAUUCGGCGCCAUCCAGAAGUGAUGACCCAGCUGCUGAGAGCGAUGAUAAAAAACCAGAAAACAAAGACGCGUCCUCGUCCUCUGAAGCCGAAAACCCCCCAGAAAAGGCAGAUGAGGCCGAGCAAACGUCAUCUGAACCUGCAGCCUCUCUGGAGAACUCCGGAGCUGGUGGAGCUUCUAUCUUCAAUGAAGACUUGGUUGACAUGUCAUCUGUAAGUGACCAGGUUCAGCCAAGUGACGCUGAUGAUAGUUUAGAGGAGUCUUAUGUUUCUGCCGCUACUGGAGAAGAAGGUGAGGUAGGGGAAAAGGCGGCAGGUGAAGCUGAUAGUAAAAGGAAAUCCAGUGAACAGGGAGAAGAGGAGGUUAAAAGUGAAGAACAGUCAGAGAAUCAGGAGAGUAUGGAACAAGAAAAGGUAGAUGAGAAGAAUCCUUGUUUGGAAAAUGAAAACACUUCAAUUGUAGCACCACAACAGAGUGACGCCGGAGCACCUAAAGAGGAUGUCGGCAAUGUACAGUCUUCCUCCGAUACCGAUACAAAGGACCAGCAACCGUCGGACACCACACCGACCUCUUCAUCCCAAGAGGCUCCAGAUCAGCCUUCAAAGGCUGGUGACACGACAACCGCAGAAGAAACCCAGUCUGCUGCUCCUGACAGCAACAUCUCCAGCUCUGACACACCCAGGAGCCCAGAUUCUCACAGCAAGACCAAGGAGAUCAAAAUUGCCAGACUGGAUGUGUCCAAUGUGGCGUCAGACACCAGGGGGCUUGAACUAAAAGAUGCCUCCUCAGCGGACACAAACCAGGGUCAAGCAGUUGCAGCAGCACCAGAGGCAGGAAGUUCUUCAGGCCAGCAGAGAGAAGGCGGCACGCCAGCGCCUCGCUCCACCAUGUUCCGCAUCCCAGAAUUUCGCUGGUCCCACAUGCACCAGCGCCUUCUCACCGACCUGCUCUUCUCUAUAGAGACAGAUGUCCAGAUGUGGAGAAGUAACUCCACAAAGACGAUUCCGGACAUUGUGAACAACAGCGAGAACAUCGUGUUCGUCCACAACAGCGUUCACCUAAUCUCCCAGGUCGUGGACAAUCUCAUCAUGGCUUGUGGAGGCAUUUUACCUCUGCUGUCUGCUGCCACGUCUUCCUCUCAUGAACUGGAGAACAUUGAGCCGUCUCAAGGCUUGACUCUUGAGGCUUCGGUUACCUUCAUGCAGCGCCUCAUCAACCUCGCAGAUGUUCUCAUUUUUGCCAGCUGUCUGAACUUCACAGAGAUAGAAGCGGAGAAAAACAUGUCCUCUGGGGGGAUUCUGCGGCAGUGCCUUCGCCUUGUGUGUGCUAUGGCAGUGAGAAACUGUCUGGAGUGCCAGCAAACCCAAUUAAAGCAUGGCGCAGAAAGCGUGGUGCGCAGCCACCCAGCCAUGCCCAGCACUUUACUCGGAACAGCUAAAUCUGCGACUGCGCAGAGUCCAGUUGAUGCAGUGACGGGCGGCAUGUCUCCAAUCAGAGAUCUGGACCGCCUGCUUCAGGACAUGGACAUUAAUCGCCUCAGGGCCAUUGUCUUCAGAGAUAUCGUGGACAGUAAGCAGGCUCAGUUUUUGGCUCUUGCGGUGGUUUACUUCAUCUCAGUCCUCAUGGUUUCCAAGUACCGGGACAUCUUGGAGCCACACAAUGAUAAGAGGCACCCUCAACGAUCUCAGUCUGCCAGAAGCUCAGACAGUGGAGCUGUUCCUGGUGGAACAGAGGUGGAUGGCAGCUCCUCUCUCCGACGUUAUGAUUCCGGUAUUGGCGAAGACCCCACCUCUGCAGCAGCCAGUGAAGCAGACCUGUCAUCCUCUGGCAUGGCUCACGGACCAGACGCCGUCUCAGAAGCGUUAUCGACACUUUCAUCUGAGGUCAGACCUGCUCUGUCCGCUGACUCAAAGGGCAAGAAUGUGAAAGACAUCCUGCGCAGCCUGGUGAGCCCUCCGGCAGAGGACGUCAUGGUGGACCCCGCAUUGCUGCCACCGGCCUUCCUGGGAUCUGUGUGUGAUGUGGCCAGAGACUCCUCCCUCCAGUUCCGUUCUUUUGAUAGAAGUGUCGUCGUUGCUCCUAAGAAAAUGAGCGCAAUGCCAUCUACAGCUACUUCCAAGUCGGCCCCGACGCCCACUGCUGGAUCUGGAGCCCCGGUGGACAAUGUUGCUGUCGUGUCGUCUGGUGAUACCUCCCAGAGCACCUCUGCAGACGCUGCAGCUUCAGGCGGCCAGGUUCCACCCAGCCCGAGCCUGCCAUCUGUCCCCCCACUGUCCCCUGUGACCCAGAACACAGCCCCCAGUAUGAGUAUCUCUGAGCGUCUGGAACAUGCCCUGGAAAAGGCGGCCCCCCUGCUGAGGGAGAUCUUCGUCGACUUUGCGCCCUUUCUUUCUCGAACCCUGCUGGGCAGCCAUGGGCAGGAGCUGUUAAUCGAGGGCACCAGUCUGGUCUGUAUGAAGUCCAGCAGCUCUGUGGUGGAACUGGUCAUGCUUCUGUGUUCACAGGAGUGGCAGAACUCCAUCCAGAAGAAUGCUGGGCUCGCCUUCAUCGAGUUGGUCAACGAGGGAAGACUUCUCAGUCAUACCAUGAAGGACCACCUGGUUCGUGUGGCUAAUGAGGCUGAGUUUAUCCUGAGUCGACAGAGGGCUGAAGACAUACAUAAACAUGCAGAAUUUGAGUCUCAAUGUGCUCAGUAUGCAGCCGAGAAGCGAGACGAGGAGAAAAUGUGCGACCACUUGAUCCGAGCAGCCAAGUACAGAGACCAUAUGACAGGAACGCAGCUCAUCCAGAAGAUAGUAAACAUACUGACUGACAAACAUGGAGCCUGGGGAAACUCUUCCAUAAGCCGGCCGAGGGAGUUCUGGCGCCUGGACUACUGGGAGGACGAUUUAAGGCGGCGACGUCGCUUUAUCAGGAACCCUUUCGGAUCCAGUCACUCAGAAGCCACGCUCAAAGCGGCAGCCGAACACGCGUCUGAUGAGGAUAUCCUCAAGGGCAAGCAGUCCAUCAGGAACCAGGUUCUGGGAAAUCAGAACUCUGAAAGCGAGACGUCACUGGAGGGAGAGGAUGACACUCUGUCAUCUUUAGAGGAGAAGGACCUGGAGAACCUAACAGGCCCGGUAAACCUGAGCACGAGCGCACAGCUCGUGGCUCCGGCCGCGGUGGUGAAAGGCACCCUGUCCGUCACCGCCUCCGAGCUCUUCUUUGAGGUGGAUGAGGACGAACCCAGCUUCAAGGCCAUCGAUCCAAAGAUUUUAGCCUACACAGAGGGGCUUCAUGGAAAAUGGCUUUUCACAGAGAUCCGAGCUGUCUUUUCCAGGCGUUACCUUCUCCAAAACACUGCACUGGAAGUAUUCAUGGCAAACCGAACGGCCGUCCUAUUCAACUUUCCAGAUGCAGCCACUGUAAAAAAGGUGGUUCACUGCCUUCCUCGUGUUGGAGUGGGCACCAGUUUUGGCCUCCCACAGACCAGACGCAUCUCUUUAGCUACACCGAAGCAGCUCUUUAAGGCCUCAAACAUGACUCAGCGCUGGCAGCGCCGUGAGAUAUCCAACUUCGAGUACCUGAUGUUUCUAAACACCAUCUCUGGUCGCACCUACAAUGACCUGAACCAGUACCCAGUUUUCCCCUGGGUCAUCACUAACUAUGAUUCGGAGGAACUUGACCUCACUUUGCCUAGCAACUUCAGAGAUCUGUCCAAGCCAAUUGGAGCGCUGAACCCCAAGAGGGCAGCAUUCUUCUCAGACCGCUACGAGUCAUGGGAGGAUGAUCAGGUGCCCAAAUUCCACUAUGGGACACACUACUCCACCUCCAGCUUCACCUUGAUGUGGCUGCUCCGCAUCGAGCCGUUCACCACAUUUUUCCUCAACUUCCAAGGAGGAAAGUUUGACCAUGCUGAUCGCACCUUCUCAUCAGUGUCCAGGGCAUGGAGGAACUGCCAAAGAGACACGUCUGACGUGAAGGAGCUGAUUCCAGAGUUCUACUAUCUCCCUGAGAUGUUUGUCAACAGCAACAAUUACAAUCUGGGAGUGAUGGAGGAUGGCACUGUCGUCUCCAACGUAGUUCUUCCGCCUUGGGCCAAAAGUCCAGAGGAGUUUGUGCGCAUUAAUAGACUGGCCCUGGAGAGCGAAUUUGUGUCCUGCCAGCUUCACCAGUGGAUCGAUCUGAUUUUCGGUUACAAGCAGCAGGGACCGGAGGCCACCAGAGCCCUCAAUGUUUAUUAUUAUGUGACGUAUGAAGGGGCCGUCAACCUCAGCUCCAUCAAUGACCCCAUGCUGAGAGAGGCAGUGGAAUCCCAGAUCAGGAGCUUUGGACAAACUCCUUGCCAAUUACUGAUUGAGCCCCACCCACCCCGAAGCUCUGCCAUGCAAGUGACUCCACUGAUGUUCACGGAGCAGAUGCAGCAAGAUGUUAUCAUGGUGCUGAAGUUCCCAUCCAAUUCCCCUGUCACAUACGUAGCAGCCAACACGCAGCCGGGUCUCACUUCGGCUGCCAUCAUCACCGUCACUGCCAACCGCCUCUUUGCCGUCAACAAAUGGCACGGCUUGACAGGUCAUCAGAGCUCUGCAGAGCAGCAGUACCAACUUCCUGUGGAAAUUGACCCUCUGAUAGCCAGUAACGUGGGCGCACACCGACGCCAGAUCUCAGACCUGCUGGAUCAGAGCAUUCAGAUCAGCUCCCAGUGUUUCGUUAUCACAGCAGACAACCGUUUCAUCCUCCUGUGCGGCUUCUGGGACAAGAGCUUCCGGGUCUACUCCACCGACUCAGGAAAACUAACUCAGAUUGUGUUUGGCCAUCGGGACGUGGUGACCUGCCUUGCCCGCUCCGAGUCAUACAUUGGUGGAGACUGCUACAUCCUGUCAGGCUCCAGAGAUGCCACCUUGCUGCUGUGGUACUGGAACGGAAAGCUCUGCAGCAUCGGAGAAACGCCAGGCACAUUUACCACGCCAAGGGCCAUCCUGACGGGCCACGACUGUGAGGUGACCUGUGCCAGCGUCUGUGCAGAGUUGGGUCUGGUCAUCAGUGGCUGCAAAGAGGGUCCUUGUCUGAUCCAUUCCAUGAAUGGGGACCUGCUGCGGACCCUGGAAGGGCCGGACAACUGCCUGCAGCCCCGACUCAUCCAGUCCUCCAGCGAGGGUCACUGCGUGGUUUACUACGAGAAGGGGCAGUUCUGUUUGUUCAGCGUCAACGGCAAACUGCUGGCCCACAUGGAGGUGGAGGACAGCAUCAAGGCCAUGCUUCUCAGUCGGGAUGGCCAGUAUUUGCUAACAGGAGGAGAUGGAGGCGUCAUUUGCGUCUGGCAGGUCUACAACCUGAAGCAGCUCUUCAGCUACCCCGGCUGUGAUGCUGGCGUUCGCUCCAUGGCCAUGUCACACGACCAAAGGUGCAUCAUAACAGGCAUGGCGUCCGGAAGCAUCGUUCUCUUCUACAACGACUUCAACAGGUGGCAUCACGAGUACCAGACCCGGUACUGAGGCCCAAGCAUGGCACAGAGUGAUGGAGGAUGAAGAUGAUGAAGUCGUUUUUGAGAGUGACCUCUUAUCGACGGCGCUCUUCUGUCGAGAGCCUGAACUCCUGAAUGUAUCUCCACAUGAGAAGAAACAAAGAUCUGUCCAGUUGUAGUACAAGAAUUAAACUAUUUUUAAACAACACUGCGAUAUUUUGUAGAUCAGAUUUCAUAUAAAUCUUUAGGUGGGGGUUCGAAACAGAUCUAUUUUUAGCUGCAAGUCUAUUUUCAUCUCCUCCAGAUAAGAAAUGAGGGAUGUGUGUGGAAUUAGUGAAUUUUAAUAAUCCAAACCUUUGAAAUUUGUUUUGUCUUCUUUGGGUGAGUGAUCUUUUUUCUGUAGGUGUGUUUGUUGGGGAAAGAUAUUAAUCAUUCACUUCAACAUCAUUUUUCCUUGUUUUGGCACAGUAGGUAGACCUGAAAUGUUCGUGAAGAAAAAUAAAAACUUGAUAAACACGUGAAGAGGGGAAAUACAUUUAUAUAUCUGUAACUGUGGUCCUCCAUAUUUAAUGUCGCAUCUGUUUCCUUGCGUGGCUCAGUAUGUUAACUCUUCAAACACGGAGGAUCAAGUCUGUUAAAAUGUCAGUCUUUUUUUUUUUUCACAAGAUCUUAGGAAACCCAAAGUUAUAUAGGAGGCCUUUGUGGGGUUUUUUGUUCUUCCUUACAGCUGUCAGAUUUCAGAAUUGAGUUUUACUGAAAUGUGUUCCAGCACCAAAUACUAAAUAUUUUGAUGGUCGGGAAGCAUUCCUGUCUUGAAAGUUUGUGCUUCACUGUGGAUUGAAUCACCACUUGUAUGGGAAACGCUUUUAUCAACUAUAAUUGUUUUUGGAAUUAUUUUGGAGUGCUUUACUUUCUGAAAAUUAAAAAAUAUACAUUUUAUAACUUGAAA